GUGCCUCCGCUCUCUCUUCGUCCAGUGCAAAGAAAAAAAAAACUCCACACAAUGCUCCGGCGCUCCACCUCCGUCUUCGGUGCUCCGACUCCGUCCGGCGACUCCUAGGCGCCCCCGCUCCGGUGCUCCACCUCCGCCUUCGCCUGCCUCAACGCCUUAGAGGAUCUGCGAGAGGAGACGCCGCCAAUGCCGAGCUAGGGUUUCGGCCCCUCCACCUGCGCCGCCGCCGUUGGUGACAAAUCCGUCUGCUCCACCCCUCCCCGAUCUACGGCUCCCGUCGUCCGCCUCCGCCUGCUCUCAAUCGAGCCAGUCGCCGCCCCGGAGCUCCGCGUUUGCCGCCUCCGAUAUCCCCCGUCCGCGCCAACGGCGACGAACCCGAGCGGCCGCAACUCCUCCGUCCACUAUCCCCCGAGCAGCCGCACCCCUCCCCAAGCUCUCAACAAGGUUUACCAGGUCGGAGCGCCCGCGAGAGCUGUACCAUGUGGUGGCGGCAUUACCCCCGCAACCACGUGGGCGAUGACAAGACGCAGUUCGUUGCCGUCGCCACCGGUGGUUUCAGGCGCAGCAUGUGCAUACCGUGGGAGGUUGCAAACCAUUUGGGGAGCAUGAUCUCCGAGACCAUCAAACUAGAAGCUCCUAAUGGCAUAUUCCUUAUUGGAGUGUGUAGAAAGACGGGUGAGCUAGUUCUUCGGGCUGGCUGGGAUAAGUUUGUCGCAAUGCAUCACAUAAAAGAAAAUUAUUCUUUUUGGUUUGUGUACCGUGGGAACUCUACCUUUAAGGUUCAUAUAUUCAAUUCUAACGGUCAUGAGAAGGCUACUUCCUGUUCUAAACCACCUUCUGAGAGCUUUGGUGGUGUUCCACCUGCUGCAACUUGCGAUCAUCAUGUGCUGAAUGAACAAGUACCGUCUGUUUCUGGAAAUGUUCAGACCUCAACUGACUCUGGCUAUAGCAUGUUACCUGGCUGCCAUCUAACCAAAGCACAAGAUGAGAAAGUACGUGAACUAGCUUGUACCAUGAGAUCUCAAGUUCCCCUUUAUGUGGCAGUCAUGAACAAAAGCAAUGUCAACUUGAAGGAUUGCUCUGUUAACCUACCGUUAAAGCUUGUGGAACAUUUCAAGGAGGACACAUCUAAAGCUACUAUUCAACUAGAAGCCCCUAAUGACAUGAUAUAUGGUGUUGAAGCUUGCAAGCAUGGUGAUGAUCAAAUAGUCCUUCAAUAUGGGUGGAAUAAUCUUGUAGAUGCUAAUCGCAUACAAGAGAAUGACCUCCUUGUUUUUAUAACCAAGGGUACCAAACGCCUUGAAGUUCGUAUUCUUGGCACAAGUGUUCAUCAGAGAACCUCUUCAUGCUUUGACGUGGGAAAUAUUUCUAGUACUCAAGAAAUUCGUGAAGAUUCACUUGAAAUAACUGAUCCACCCCCUCAUACAGACUACUAUGUGAGUAGUUCUGAUGAUGAUCACAUUAUGGAAGAAGGAUACUAUGUGAGUAGUUCUGAUGAUGAUCACAUUGCGGAAGAAGACUAUGUGAGUAGUUCUGAUGCUGAUCACAUUGUGGAAGAAGGCACUAGAAAAUCAGGUAGGCGGCAGAAGCAGGCACCUAGUCGCUAUGCAAAAGCUCAAAAGGUGGCUUCAACAUCCUCCCCGUCUGCUGCUAAAUCAGGAUAUGAAGCUCACAAGCUGAAUGAGCGAGCAUCUGUGGAGUUUGGGAUCAAUUUGGAACCUCAUAGCUCCACCAGCAAUCUCGAGGGCCCUUCCCAGUAUCCCUACGUUUUAUCUGAAGGAAGGACAAGUCUAAGUAGUGUGGAGAAGGAGAAAGUUGAGGAGAAAGUUCAAGCAAUUCAAUCUGAACUUCCUAUCUUUGUGGUAGUAAUGACUAAAAGCCGGAUUAAUGCCGAUCAAUUGGGCUUCCGCAUGGAAUACGGUGCAAGACAUAUUCCACACUUAGGCAGAAAAAUGGAUCUCAUGCUUCAGGCAGAGGGAGGUACCGAGCAGCGCACCAGAUUGGUGAUAGAUCAGAACGGAAAGAGGUGGAUUCGUCGUGGCUGGCAGCAAUUUGUCACCGAGAAUAAAGUGCGGGAGGGGGAUAUCUGCCUCUUUGAACGGGGAGAGAGCACGAAAAAGCUCAGGAUGACGGUCUAUUUCAUCCGCAAGUCAAGUCAGACAUAGAGGUGUAGCUCAAGCCCUAAUAUGUCUAUGUACUGGUAGUUAAUACGUUGUCCGAAUGGUUCUAACCGUGGUGCCCUGCCAUGACAUGACAGUGAGUUGGUGAGCUUGUUUCUAAUCUGGGAUGGAUUGGAGUCUUGCCUGCCUCUAGUUAGUGGUAUUGUGUCAUGCUCAGAUGCAUAUUGUUUGAGAUUAGGAAGGAUGUCUCCAUCCAGGUGAUAUGAGAACCUUUUCUCCCAUGAGAUAUGAUGUAAACUGUAAACACCAUUAAUUAUGUUACGUGUUGCCUACUUCA